AUGGGGGAAAAUAAUGGUUCUAAAGCACAUGAUGAUCCCAAUGCAUCACAUGCUUUGGAGAAAUUUUGUAUGUGUCUUCUUGGAGCCUUAAACCCGAGCCUUAAGCCAACAACAGCUCAAUGUUGGGUUCGUUUCUUGAGUCUUCCUCAAGAAUAUUGGCGUCCGAAGAUUCUUUUUGCUAUUGCUAAUAGUCUUGGAACUCCGGUCAGUCUCGAUGCUUUUACAAGAUUUGUGGAUUCUAAUACACUGAGAACUAUUGUUGAUGGGGAGGUUAUUAGCAUUGAUAAGGUACAACCAGAAGAUAGGUGUCCUCCAAUAAUUGAUAAUAUGGAAGGAGCGGUUACUCAUGAGGAAAUUGCUACUCCUGAACAUAUUCAUGAGACUCUUGCAAAUCAUGAGGACCAUGGAAAUAGAAAUCAUAAGGAUCAUGAGACUCAGAAGCAACAAGCAAAUACAGGUAGUCAACAGCCUAUUCAUGAAAAUGAGAGUUUGUUGGUUCCUAAAAUGCAGAUGGAAGAAACAUCUAUUGCACAACCUGCACCAAAUCACGAGGUAGAUCAUGGGAGUGGUGUGGAGGGCAACUUGCACCAGGUUGAUCUAGACUCUUACACUAUUUCUGAAACACAAUUGCCACAUGUGGUAAUCGAUGAUAUGAAGAAAAUAAAACAAGCUUGGGCCAACAGGGAAAGUUAAGGAUGUGAGAAAGGUGCGUCUUUCACACCUUACAUCUCCAAGAAAGCUAAAAUAUAACUAAGGCUUGCUAGUAAUGCUGGAAAUUACCAAACUCGUUCCUAAGGUCCACUUCCUACUUAGACAUCGGAUGGAUUGGGA